AUGUCUAUCGACGCAAAAGAAUCAGUCCGAGAGGGUACAGAUGAGUCUCUAGAUGCCUCUACACCAGAGGCCGAGACAGAAAUUCCUCCAGAAAAUAUUGGUCAACAAAAAAGAAAGGGUGGCCGAAAACCUAUUUAUGCUACUUCAGAAGAGCGUAAACAGCGCAAUCGUCAGGCGCAAGCAGCGUUUAGAGAACGUCGCACCGAGUAUAUCAAGCAACUUGAGGAAACAAUUCGAGUUCAUGAGUCAAAUCUUCAUAAUCUCCAGAAUGCUCACAGAAGUGCCGCCGAUGAGUGUUUGAUGCUCCGGUACAAAAACUCUCUCCUUGAAAGAAUUCUUCUAGAGAAAGGCAUCGAUGUCCAGGCCGAAUUACGGGCAAAGACAGGAAGUCCACACCUUGGUCCAACCCACAUGCACCAGAAUAUGGCUCAACCACCUACUGUCCAGCGUGCUAUAAUGAACAGACAUCAUCAAGCUAGACGAUCAAACUCGAGCAUUGCACCCAAGCUUGAGCCCGGAGUUUCUUUUCACAACAAUCAAUCACCACAAUCGAGGCCUACUCCAUCAUCACAUGCCUCAUCGCCAACCACAAGCUCGCCAGGCUUUAAUCAUCAAGGCGUACUAACCCCACCUUCUUCUGAUUCUCAGAUGCAGCAUCAACAGCAACAGCAGCAACGUCUUCACGCCGCAAAAACGCAAGCACAGCAUGCAUUGUCAGGCACUACUGGACUUCUCGUUAACACUAGUGUGGCAUCGCCAUUAGGGGCAAAAGGGCAAGGAAAUGGCAAUGGAAAUGGUGCGGGUAAUGCAGGAGGGGCUACCGGAGCUCCUACGUAUUAUCCGUCAUUCCAAACUCAUAUUGAGCAACUCGGCAAGCUGACCCAACAGGAGUACGAUGCGCAAGCCGAUAUGGUUGACGAUCAACCCGAAAUCGCAGGCCCCGGGCCAUACCCCGAACCGAUUCCCGCUGGUCAACUCAACCAGCAACAGGGAAACCAACCGCAGCAACUCGGUCACCCCCCGCAUUCGCAAGGCAUGCACGGCGAAAACGCCACUCAAGCCUACAAUCCGAUGACACAGCUACUUGAUCCAUACGACCCGAUGCUCGAUAUGGAUCCUUUCGGCCUUUCUGCAAGCAUGCAAUUUCCAACGCAAUUCUCCUUCGACACGAGCUCGAUGCGAUGA